AUGGCACUCUACAUCGUGACUCACUGCAUAACUCGUUCGCCACCGGAGACUCGCUCGCGCACUAUUCGGAAUCUCCGCGCUCUGAUUCUGUUGCCUUUUCACUAUUUGUUUCCGUUUCUUGGUGGAUCCAGUUGUUGUUUGCGAGGAUUGAGGAUAGCUUUACUGCGGGCGAAUAUAGUCGGUACAACGCCGUACUUCGAAGCAGGUACUUCUGAAAUGCUCCCUGAAUCGGCUGUCAACCACCGCAUUGUGAUUAUCGAGGAUUGCGGAUAUGCGGGAGUCGACCAGGAUGCCGAACGUCGUAGAGCCUUAAAGCAGUUGGAUAGAGCCCUCGAGCAGAGGUUUCAGACCAUUGUCAUUGAACCGAUACGAUUGGGCGACGAAACUAGCCGCUGGAUAGCCUUUGGUAAUAUGAUACACAGGGUGAUGCUUCUGGGUGGUUUCGGCUCGUUGGUUGCGGCGCGUUGUUUUCCUCAAUGGCCUGCUUUAUGGAUCACCUCCUCCGGGCUGUCCGUCAUCUCUUAUUUACUUUAUCGAUUCAGCUGGCAGACGGACCCAUGCUCUGAGUAUCAGGUUGAACAAGAUGCCGCGCGGCUAGCUUCAUUGGACCUGAGCAACUGCCAUUCGUCGACCGCCGUGGUGCUUGUUCACAAGGCCACUACGUAUCGAACCUUGUUUCAUACGUCAGCAGUGCUUAUGUCGGUUCUUUUGAUCAUGUUCAAGCUUCGAAAAUUGUAUUCGUAA